CUCUCCUCCUCCUCUUUGGCCCAGGAUGAGUCAGUGCCUUUGGGGCUGGGGCUGAGUCCGCCUCCUCCUCCUCCUCCUGCAUCCCUCCGGCGGAGCAUCCUUGGCCAACCCUGCCUUGGAAGCCCAUCCUUUCUUGGGGAGCAGAGAGAGAAUGGGAGUGGGGGCUCCGCGGAGGGGGAGAGGCUGGUCAGGCCCGGCCGGGGUGCCCCCCAGCAUUGCGGGGAGGCGCUCUUAAAGGGCCAGGCAGCCUCCUUUCUCCCUCCUCCUCCUGAGCUUCCUAGCCAUGGCCUUCAAGGAUGGCAUCACCGCCCAGACUUUGGGAGAGGGGAGGAGGCCUUGAAGCCUUUCUGUGACCUUCUCCUCUGGAGGAGACCCAUUGGAAGGGGAGAAAGAGAGAGAGAGAGAGAGGAGGCAGCGCCAUUGAGAAAGAGGAGGAGGAGGAGGAGGAUUAGCCUCUGUCUCUCUGUCUGUGUGUCUCUGUUCCAUCGCAAGCCUCUGUCCUUCCUUUCCCGGGGGAGGCAGGCAGGCAUGGAGGCCAUCUGGCUGUACCAGUUCCGCCUCAUCGUCAUCGGCGACUCCACGGUGGGCAAGUCCUGCCUCAUCCGCCGCUUCACCGAGGGCCGCUUCGCCCAGGUCUCCGACCCCACCGUCGGCGUGGACUUCUUCUCCCGCCUCGUCGAGAUCGAGCCCGGGAAGAGGAUCAAGCUCCAGAUCUGGGACACCGCCGGGCAAGAGAGGUUCCGGUCGAUCACCCGUGCGUACUACAGGAACUCGGUUGGCGGUUUGCUCCUCUUUGACAUUACGAACCGCCGGUCCUUCCAGAACGUCCAUGAGUGGCUAGAGGAGACCAAGGCCCACGUCCAGCCCUACCAGAUCGUCUUUGUCCUAGUUGGCCACAAGUGCGACCUCGACACCCAGCGGCAGGUCACACGGCACGAGGCCGAGAAACUGGCGCUGGCCUAUGGCAUGAAGUACAUAGAGACCUCCGCCCGGGACGCCAUUAACGUGGAGAAGGCCUUCACCGACCUGACACGGGACAUUUACGAGCUGGUGAAACGGGGAGAGAUCACCAUCCAGGAGGGCUGGGAAGGGGUCAAGAGCGGCUUCGUGCCCAACGUAGUGCACUCCUCGGAAGAGGUGGUGAAGUCAGAUCGGAGGUGUCUCUGCUAAUGGCGCGAGCCCAAGCCGAGAGAAGUAAGGCUGGACUUUACUAACCCCAAACGUACCUUCCUAGACGAACAUGGGAUGAUGGAGGGAUUCAUACCAAGUAUAUGGUGGUGGUGGUGGUAUUAGUAGGGCUGGCACCAAUCCCCAGUGCUCUUACCCUCAGAAGAAUAAAACCACGGGGGAUCCGUAAGCCCCAUUUGUAGGAACGAACCCAGAUGCAUGCUAUAUAUUGUAGGAAAGGGGGCAGAGUAAGGCAGCAAAGGUCCCGGGGAGUAGUAAAUACCGGAUUUUACACACCGUUUUAAGCAAAUCUUCCCUUGAGUGAUUUAUUUGGAAACUAUUGUCAGACUAGCCUAUGAGUAAGACGCAGAAUUAGAAGAGGAGGAAUACUAAGACUGUGAAAAUUUAACUUCUAUUAUUAUAUUUUAAGGAAGAUUAAAACAUAACAUGUUGAUCUUUGAUUUAUGCUACCUUGAUGGUUACUAACUACCAAAAGGAAAACAUGAAUACUGAAAGAAUUAGGU